UCUGUAUACUUUGUUGAAGGAGUUGAAGAUUUAGGAGACACUGGAGAAACUCCAAAACUGUUUGAAAAGAGGACAGAGGAGUGCAGCAGAGAGAAAGAGGCAAGAUGUUUGGCUGCCAGGGAGGCGGGUUGAGGGUACGGUCCUGGUUUACUCUGAUAUCUGGGUUAGUGGAGUGUUUGGGGUUCGCAGGGGUUGUUUUUGGCUGGGUAUCGUUGGUUUUUGUGCUCAAGACUGAAGGCUACUUCAGAAGUCUAUGUGUGAAUGCCACAAUAAAUGGAACUGCUGUUGAAGAUUGCAGUAGACAGGAUGAGCAGCUCUCACUCAUCUUCACCAUCGCAUCCUUCAUGAACAACUUUCUCACACUGCCAAAUGGCUUCCUGUUUGACCUCUUUGGUACCACAGUUGCCAGGCUACUGGGAAUAUCGGUUUACACUGCAGGAAUGUUGUUAAUAGCCUUUUCCAGUCCUGUGAACUCCGUCCUCCUAUUCCCUGCUCUGUCCUUCAUUGCUGUGGGAGGAAUUCUGUUCUUGGUGACCAACAUACAGGUGGGGAAUCUCUUUGGCAAUCACCGGUCCACUAUAAUCACUCUGUAUAAUGGAGCCUUUGACUCUUCCUCUGCAGUUUUCCUCAUCAUCAAGUUGCUGUAUGAGGAUGGAGUCUCUCUACGAGGGUCUUCCCUCUUCUUGGCCUGCUGCAGUGUCAUUCAUCUGUUCCGGACUUUUGUGCUGAUGCCUCGUACACAUAUCCCACACCCGCUUCCGGAGAACUACACCUAUGGGAUGAAAUGUGGAGGGACUCGGGAUUACACAGUUGCAAAGGUCGAAGAGAAAAACAUCCAAACUUCCCAGGCUGAAGAGGAAAUGCCAUGUAAAGAGACUUCUCUUCAAGGCCAAAACACAGGCAAAAUGGAGCGUAGUUUCAAGAGCUGUUUGCUUUCCUGGUUCUUCUUGUGGCAUCUGCUGUGGCUCUCAGUGAUGCAGUUGAGACACUACUUGUUCAUCGGGACCUUAAACCCGAUGCUGAAUCAUCUGGCUGCUGGAGACCCAGGCCUUGUCAGUAGAUACACAAAUGCGUUUGCAUUUACUCAGCUGUGUGGGAUUCUGUGUGCCCCCUGGAACGGCCUCAUCAUGGACCGCCACAAAGGAAAGCAGAGAGAACCAGGACAAAGUGAACAAGAGGCAGACUUGAAGGCAGCCAUAUUGUCUCUGUCGCUGACGGCGCUGCAGUGUGUGCUGUUCUCAGUGUGUGCCGCCACCCCCAUCCUUCCUCUGCAGUACCUCACUUUCAUUCUUCAAGUCCUCAACAGAUCCUUCCUCUACGGAGGAAACGCUGCUUUCAUCAGUGUGGCGUUUCCAUCCAUACACUUCGGAAAGCUAUUUGGAGCGGUGAUGGCUUUCUCAGCUGUGGUCUCGCUGCUUCAGUAUCCCUGCUUCACCCUCAUUAAAGGACCACUGGGUGGAGACCCUCUUUAUGUGAACAUUGGUCUGACCAUUCUGAGUCUUCUGGCCUUCAUCAACCCUCUUUAUGUUUACCUGCACUGUCGGCGUCAAGCAGCCCAGCGAGCCAGUUCCAACAAAAGUGCCUCUUCAUAAGUCCUCUAGGCAAAGGGAAUAUCAACCUGACCUAUGACUUUUAAAACUGGUUUCUAUUUCUUACUAGUUUUUCUUUACAAAACUACACAAAAAUGUAUAGUGUAAAGAAAUAUGUUACUAACCUUUCAGUGCCCUGUUUUGCAGAGGUUGACUCUUCACCCCUUGUAUGCGGUGUGUUAUCUUUGCUGAUCAUAGCAGGAAAUUGACCACUUCCCCACCCUCUUUACUAUUUGUUUUUAUGCACAUUAGUUGCUGGAUCUUGCUGGAUAAGUAGAGAUACAUCAUAAAGGGACCACCAUUAAAAUAUGUGAUAUUUUUUGACCAAACAGGGGAGAAAUGUCUGAAAAUGUUCAACUAACUGUAACACCAACUAAGCAGUGAGUUAAUCCAUGCAUGUGCACAAAUAUAUAUAGUAAUUCUCAGCAAAUGUUUACAUGCGCGGUGGUUAUAGGAGCCCUCUGCUGGACACUGUGUGAAACACAUCCUCCUCGGUGCUCCUAAUGAAGUAGCUGUUAUUUAGUCAGCUUUCUGUAAGAUCUCUUUUACAAAUAUAUCAGUAUUACUCCAAAUAAAGGGAAUUGUUAUAAGAAGUUUAGUGAAAGUAACUGAAUUUGUUACUGUUGUAAUGUUUGUCAAUAACGUCUUAACAUCUUGCUAGAACCUUUAACUGUCCUGAAACAUUGCUUCCUGUGUGUUCUUAAGGUGCCAUUAACCAAUCAGUGUUGUCAUGAAGCCAUUGUCCAGAAACUUCACAUGCCAUUUAUGGAACAGUAACUGUGUAAAUAAGUAAAUAAAUAAGCAACUGCACUUUAACUAUGGUUCUAUGUAAAGGGCCUGUUACAGGUUGCCAAAAAGUGAAGAAGAAUACAAAUUAAUAGGCCAGAAAUGCCAUUAAAAGCUUUGUGAAUCAAAACUUGUUAUAUUUGUUGUUACAGAUGUAAAACAUUUGCCCAAGGUGCACCAGCAGAUGGCGCACAAUGUGCUUUUGUAUGAAGCUUUGCACCCAAGUACACAUGCUAAAUAAAGUUUUCAAAAUAUAAUGUCA